UUCAUGCAAUGCCAUCAUAUGUCAGCCUGUGGCAAAGAUUUUCAAGAUCAUUACUUCGAUUUUCAAUGCAUGGACCACAACUCUUCAAAACGCACAUUUGCUUUCUGACCCCUCAGCAUUUUGGGUUGCCAAACUUUAUCUCUGUCUGCUCUUAUCUGCGUUGGAGGAUCGUCUCUGAAGUGGACCGGAGCAGCCUUAAUUGGAGACACCUGUGGUUAAUGAUUGCCACGCUGGAGUUUGAGAGUAUAAAACCUGCAGAUUAGGAGCUUCUUCCUUCACCUUCACAGUUUGUCACCAUGUCUUUUGCUGGAAAGUACCAACUGGAGUCUCAGGAAAACUUUGAGCCUUUCAUGAAGGCCAUUGGUCUCCCUGAUGAACUCAUCCAAAAAGGCAAAGACAUCAAGAGUAUCUCCGAGAUUGAGGAGAAUGGUGACGACUUCAAAGUAACGGUCACUACCGGCUCGAAGGUCCUCGUCAACAGCUUCACCAUUGGAAAAGAGGCAGAACUGGAGACAGUCACUGGAGAGAAGCUCAAGUCGGUGGUUAUGCGUGAAGGCAACAAGCUGAAGGUCUCCCUGAAGGGUAUCGAGUCCGUCACGGAACUGGUGGAUGGGAACACAAUUGUCAAUACGAUGACACUCGGUGGCAUUGUGUACAAGAGGACGAGCAAACGCAUGUAAAUGUCUGCACUUGGGAAUAAAAAUUGUAAAAAGGCAGAAUGGUUUCUUGUUUCUGUG